CAGAUUAGAUAAACAGAUGCACUGCGCUGAACGAGGAAGCAAUAGACAAAGGUUCUUUUAGACUUCUUUCUCCGUACCCUCUCAUAUUGUACUGGGAUUGGACUCCUCCAACACCUUCGGCGCAAGGAUGGCAACGUUAAGGAGACAAUACGCAGUGGCCAGACCUGUGUACUCUGAGGACAGCUUUGCUGAAGAUCAUGAGAAAGUCUACAGGGUGCGCAAAACAAUGCUCGACCACCUGAGAGAGUAUGUGACCUGUGAUUCAAAACGUGCCAAGAAUGCAGUGCUCUCCCUCCUGCCCAUCAUCGGCUGGAUGAGGAUCUACAGAGUUAAAGAGUGGCUGCUGGGUGAUGUGGUGUCCGGAAUCAGCACCGGACUGGUGGCCAUUAUGCAAGGACUGGCCUUCUCCCUGUUGGCCUCGCUGCCUCCGAGCUACGGCCUCUACACGGCUUUCUUCCCCAUGCUAACAUACUUCUUCCUUGGUACUUCAAGACACAUAUCUGUCGGCUCCUUCCCAGUCCUGAGCCUGAUGAUUGGAGCUGUGGUGACCCGUCUGGUCCCAGACGACGGACCGUCCGCCAACUUCCCCGGCUUUAAGGGCCUGAAUAUGACCCAGCAGAGAGUCCUAGUGGCCUCCUCUGUGACCUUCCUCACGGGUAUUUUCCAGCUUGCCAUGGGUCUUCUGCAGGUGGGCUUUAUUGUCAUUUACCUGUCUGACACUCUGGUGUCCGGCUUCACCACUGCGGCUGCUGUCCACAUCCUGGUGUCCCAGCUCAAGUUUGUAUUAGGGCUGGUUGUCCCAGGCAUCAGUGGACCACUGGCUCUCAUAUAUACCCUCGAGAAGAUCUUCGUCCAGAUCACCUCCACCAACAUCUGCGACCUGGUGAUGUCCAUCAUCAUCAUGGUGAUAGUGUUCAUCGUGAAAGAGAUGAAUGACAUGUACAAAGCCAAGCUGCCCGUUCCUAUCCCCAUAGAGGUUAUCAUGACUGUCAUAGCUUGCGGGACGUCUUAUGGCCUCAACUUCAAGGAAAGAUUCGGCAUUGACGUUGUUGGCAAGAUGGUCAGCGGGUACGAGGCUCCCAUCGCGCCCGAUAUGGACGUGUUCAAGGACAGUGCUGUGGAGGCCUUUCCUAUAGCCAUAGUGGGGUUUGCGGUUGCGUUCUCCGUGGCCAAAGUCUACUCUAUCAAACAUGAUUACACCAUCGAUGGAAACCAGGAGCUCAUUGCAUUCGGGGUAAGCAACAUAUUUGGCGCAAGCUUCAGGUCGUUCGCAGCCAGCACGUCGCUCUCAAGGUCGGCCGUGCAGGAGAGCUCAGGAGGCAGAACACAGAUUGCAGGGCUGAUCUCGGCCAUGAUGGCGAUGAUUGUGACUGUGGCGAUUGGCUUCCUGCUGGAGCCGCUUCCAACGUCUGUCUUGGGGGCGUUGGUCAUCGUCAACCUGAAGGGAAUGCUGAUGCAGUGCAGAGAAAUCCCAUACUUGUGGAGGCGGGACAAACCAGAAUGCGUGGUGUGGGUGGGAACAUGUCUGGGUGCCAUCUUCCUGGGACUGGAUAUUGGUCUGGCGGUGGGCUUGGGGGUGGAGCUGCUCACUGUCAUCUUCAGGACUCAGUUCCCCCGCUGUUCUGUCCUGGCUAACAUCCCAGGGACCGACCUCUACAGAGAUCGUAAAGAUUACCUGAACAUUGUCGAACCAGCGGGAGUAAAGAUCUUCAGGAUACCCUCGCCUAUCUUCUUCGCCAAUAUUGAGUUCUUCAAGGACAAGCUUGUAGAGGCUGUUGGGUUUAACCCUACGAGGGUUUUGAGGAAAAGGAACAAAGCUCUCAGAAAGAUCGAGAAACUGCUGCAGACAAACAGUGAUGAUAUUACUGAGAAAGGCCUGAGGAAUUUAUUCAGCCAGCCGACUGAUGACGCUGACAUGAACAUGAAGGAGAUGGAUCUGUCCGUCGACCUCAAGGACCUUCCUUUCCGGGUGGACUGGAACGCUGAGCUUGCAGGGAACAUCGGUGUCCCCAGAGUGGACAUCCACAGCCUGAUCCUGGACUUCUCUGCCGUCUCCUUCCUGGACAUCUCCGCACUGAAGGGGCUCAAAAUGGUACUCAAAGACUUCAUCCGUAUUGAUGUGGAUGUUUACAUUGUGUCCUGUGACGUGUACAUCCUGGAGAAACUACACAGCUGCAUGUUCUUCGACGAUGACAUUCAGACCUCCAUCUUCUUCCCGACCCUCCACGAUGCCAUGCUGCAUGUUCUGGAAAAACACGAGGGCAAAAUUAAAAGCACGGUGAUUCCCUUCAAUAUGUCAAAGCUCAGGAGGGUCAGGAGGCCAUAGAAAACAUUGUGACUGAUCCGCUGAGGACCAUGAAUUUCCACAGCAGAUUUCAUCGCAAUCCCCGUGGAGAUGUUCCGCUCUCAACCUGAGGGUCAAUGGUCUGAACACUGGCCAUACUUAAGCAAUGCAGAAGCAGCCAUAACAUACACACUGAUCAGCCACAAUAUUGAAGCUGAAGUGAAUAACAUCGUUCAUCUCUUUACAAUAAUGUUUUGCUGGGUCCUGCCAGUAAUGUGAAUGUAACCACAGCUGCAUUGCAGUACACCCUUUCAUGGCAACGGCUACCUACCCCGCCCCAUUAUUAUUCACUUCACCUGUUUGAAUGUUGUGGGUUGUGUGUGUGUUGUCGUAUAGCGUUUACAAUGUUACAUUGUUUGUGUUACAGACAGCACAGCAGUUCUUCUGAAAAGCUUAAUUUUGACCCUGAUUCGCAUCUACUCCUUCACUGUGCAGAAUAAAGUUACUUCCAUGUCGCUUUUCACAGCAAUUCGUUGAAAAAAGGAAUGAUUAUAGAAACAUAUCUCUGCACUCUACUGCACUGUACAUUAGGAAGCUAUUAAGUCAGAAUUUGAUUGGAGUAGAAUAAAAUCUCCACAGAAACUUUGUGAGCAACACUUAUAAGAUGGGUAUUUUAGGGGUCAUUCAUGUCUUCACACCAACAUUUAAAAAAAAUUAAAGGGUGAUCAAAUGAUCAAAAUCCAUAUAGCAGGAGCAGAGAUAUCACCUUGUUUAAAUCAUGCAUUCUUCUUCCUGUUCAAAACCUGGUACAUGGCUAUAAUAACAUCUUUUUUUGCAGUUAAAGGACACCCGACUCUAGAAAAAGCAACCGUCUCCAGAAGGAUUCCUUCAGCAAAACCAUUCAACCACAGAUCACACACAAUUUCUGUUAAUUAAACCACAACACAAUAUUUUGUGUAUUCAGAUCUAAAACCGGAAAGACAUCUUGAGUUUUGUUUUGAAAUGCUGUUUUUGGUAAAUGUCAUUGCGUGAUUUUUAUAUCCAGUCUUUGUUGCCGUAUGACUUGUUACACUCUGCUGCAUUGCCCUUUUUCUUACUGUUUGACAAAUGCAAUAUAUUUUUAAAGAUUAAAUGACAAAA